AUGAAUAGUGCAUCCAUUGAUUCUAUCGAAGAAAACGGACAUGGGAGCGAUUCGGAUGCGAAUUCAGAGGACGCGUUGGAAUAUUACCAGCCGAUAUCUGCGGUGGACGACGACGGAAGCUCCGACGGAGAGCACGGCGUUGAGUUUCAGCAACUUCCGAACGGGUACAGUGUUCAUCGAGCGGAGAACGGGAUCUCGAUGCUGGAUCUGAACGACGGCGUAGAGCAGAAGAGCAGUGAUGAAGAGGAAGAGGAGGAAAGGAGUGGAGAAGAAUUUGAAAGUGAGAUUCGAAGAGCGUUGAGGGAAGAUGAGAAUCGAAGGACGGCGCCGCUGACGACGGAGAACACUGCGAGGGUGAUGGAGGCGAUGCGUGGCAUUUCCUUUGUCGGAGAGGUUCCUCAAUGGGCUUCGCAAGUUCCGGAGGAUCGUUGGAUUGAUCAGAUUCGGAGACGGAGACAAUCAUCAAACACUUGA